CUUAGAGGGUUCAAGGCACUGAAAAGCAUAAAACCCAUCUUAGAAAUGCAGGAACAGAGCACCUCCAAGCAAUCAAAAAUGCCUUCCAGGAGGGCUCUUCACAUGAUGUUAUGUUUUCUUCUUUUCCCUACCCUCAUCACAUUGAUCAUCUACAAUUCCCAUAUCACUUACUCUGGGUUCUUCUUUUCCUCCACUGCCAAUAACUCCCAUGUCCAGAUUGUUUUACCCCAUUCAAUCCACAACCAGAUUUCUCAUCUGCAGUCCCAAUUGGGAGCUCUGUUGGAUCAUCUACAUAUUGAAAGUUCGGAAUCAAAAUCUUUAACAAAAUUUUCAGAUCAGGUCCUCAGCAUUGCUAUAUCCUUAGACAAGCUUGCUGAUUGCUUGUCAGGUUUCUUAAGCAAUGCUCCUGAUGGUGGUAAUGAAAUGAGCAGAGUAGAUGAAGAUCUCAGUGGGCCUGAGCAAAGUGAAGCUGAAGAAGGUUCAUUACAUGGAAAGGCCUUCAAUUCUGCAGAGCUUAUUAAUUACAUUUCACCCAAAUCCAAUAGAUUUCGCGGGAAAAAGAAUUUUCUUGGGCUGGAAGCAGUCAAUCCAUCCAUAGGACAGGGUUGCGCCCCUAUGGCCUUCAUUGUAGAUCGCUUCAUGACUUACAAGAUCGAUGGUAUGUGCCCAAAUGAUUGGGACUUAGCUCAGAAGCUCAUACUUGGUGGAUGUGACCCAUUACCAAGAAGAAGGUGCUUCUCAAUGGCGCCUCCUCAUUACACUACGCCAGCUAAUCUGAACUCCUCCCUUUGGACUCAACCUAGUGAUGCUAACAUUUUAUGGAACAAUUAUAAGUGCAAGAACUAUAAUUGUCUUGAAAAUCCCAGAAAUGAAUCUGCCUCGGCUGAAUUCACCAUCGAUGAGGUGCUAAGGUUAAGGCCAGGAGAGAUACGAAUAGGUCUCGAUUUCACCCCAACAACCGGCACUUUUGCUGCAAUCAUGAGAGAGAAAAAUAUUACCAUUGCUUCGGCUACACUGAACUUAGGUGCCCCUUUCAGUGAGGUGAUUGCACUAAGAGGCCUCCUUCCCCUUCACGUUUCAGUCGGCUCAAGAUUGCCUUUCUUUGACAAUGCACUUGAUAUUAUUGUUCAUUCUACUCUCUUCUUGGAUGGGUGGAUCAGCUUGGAACUCCUCCAGUUUGUCCUGUUUGAUUGGGAUCGUGUCCUUUGGCCAAAGGGACUCCUUUGGGUGCACCGGUUCUUCUGUAAGAAGGAAGAUAUGAGGCUGUAUUUAGAUGAAUUCACCAGACUAGGCUACAGAGAGUUGCUGUGGAGGGUGGUGCCAAAGACAGAUAAACUUGAUGAUGAGCUCUUUUUCUCUGCUGUUUUGGAAAAGCCAAUUAGAGGUUAGGCUUCCUAAGAUGUCAAAAAACGUACUCUGUAAAGUUAAUGACUGAAACUUCUUUUUUCCCUUUCCAAAUGAAUGCUAAAAAGAAACACAAUGGGAAGACAAACUACAGGCACUAACCCAUGAAACAAAAUUCUUU